AUGGAGAAUGGCAAUCAGCAGGAGGAGGCGCUCGUGGUAGUCGGAGGGGGAGAGGGAGAGCGCGAGCAAUUGCCGUUGGCAGAGGGCGCCGCUGCGUCUGCUGCGGACGACGCAGCCAAUGCAAAUGAGCAGCGAAUGGGCGCAGGUGCGAGUCGAACUGCGGGCAGUUCUUCAACGGAAGCACCGAAAAAACCAAACGAAAGACAAAUUGUGAAUAAUAACAAUUUAGCGGGAAGCGCUGCGUCGGUGUCGGCCUCUACGUCAGCGUCGGCGUCGGCGUCGGCGGUGAGAAUGUUACAAUUGCACGAUGAUGACGUCGUCGUCAACGACGUCGUCGGCGAAGAAGGCGAAUUGGAAGUGGCAUUAUCGUCGCUGCUACGUCGCAGCAGCGGCGAAGGCGUCGAGUAUUGUGAGGUGCUCCAGCCGCAGCCAGUUAGCGAAAUGCUGUCGAGCGGACAACAACGUGCGCAAGCGCCUCCGAAUGGCAUUGGCGACGUCAUCAUUCGCAUCAGCUCGCAGCCGAUGCCGCAGUUCGUCGUGGAGCCCGCUGCGCCCAGCCAAAAUAAUCGCAACACGCUGCCCAUGGUCGCCGCCAUGGGUCACAAUAUACGUCUGGUUACCGCAGAGGGAGCAACGCCUGCUGCUGGGACGGCAGCUCUGCUGCCCCUCGCCAUCGAACAGACCUGCCCGCCAACGGUGAAUGCGUACGGUGCCGGUGUAACGGUGCAUUCGCAGAUAGACUUCAUGCACUGUCUGGUCCCGGAUCUGGAGCGGAUCAUCAACAGCAGCUUCUACUGGGGCAAGAUGGACCGCUACGAGGCGGAGCGCCUGCUCGAGGGCAAGCCGGAGGGCACGUUCCUGUUGCGUGACUCUGCGCAGGAGGAGUUCCUAUUCUCCGUUACAUUCCGCAAGUACGGACGUUCGCUGCAUGCGCGCAUCGAGCAAAGUGGCCACAAAUUUAGCUUCGAUUGCCAUGAUCCUUGCGUGUUUGCUGAUCUAACGGUGACCGGCCUGCUGGAGCACUACAAGGACCCGUCGUGCGUCAUGUUCUUUGAGCCCUGCCUGACCAUGCCGCUGCACCGCCGCCAGACGUUCUCGCUGCAGGAGCUGGCGCGUGCCACCAUCGUCUCGAAUACCACCUACGACGGCAUCAACCAGCUGGAGCUGCCCGGGCGUCUCAAGAGCUAUCUCAAGGAGUACCACUACAAGCAGAAGCUGCGCUCCACGGCAGCGCUGGCGGUGGCGCCACCUGUUGUCGAGUUGCCGCCGGCGGGCUUCUCCUACUACGAGGACGUCGACAGCAGCGGCAGCGACGGCGACGACGACGAGGCGGUCAACAUACGGGUCUCCUAUGUGCAGCAUGCCGAGGUGCUGGCGCAGCUGCAACAGCCGCAACAGCAGCAGCAGCAGCGGCAGUUGAUGCGUCUGCCAAAUCGCCUGUUCCACGCGCUCGCUCGUCUCUCGGCCAGUUUGAACUGUUAUCAGCCCAGCAAGCGCAGCGCCUGA